AUGGUUGACCAUGCGCUAUCUCAGAAUCGUAGAGAGGUGCUCUCGACCCUGCAUCGUGGGCGCGUCAACGUGUUGGUGGUGACCUUUUGCAGUUAUGCGGCUCUGCAUGCGGCACGGAAGGCUUUCUCGAACUCGAAAGCGGUUCAGUCGUUAUGUUGGCCAGCCUGUGUUAAGCUGGUGGGAAAUUGGCUUACACCCGUGCACCACCUCAUCGAUGAUGAUGACGAUGUUAGCACUACUUCUGAGGAUUCUGAUCCGAUCAGUAUUGCAGACGGCCAGAUAGGCAUCGUUACGACUAUGCCCGUGACCGGUGUAUCAUUACCGACCUUGGAAGCUUUGUUGAGGGGUCUGGGAAAGAUCUGGCACGCCUUCUGGUUACCAUUCGUCGCCCGAUAUUCUCUCGUCUAUGCUUGUGAUUACCUCAUCUCUUCUUCUGGCGGUGAUACCAAUUCUAGCGCUGAGCUUAAGGCACAGCUCAAUCGUAUCCGUUACUGUUAUUAUCUCCAUAGCGGGGUUGCUG